UGCGCCGUGUCCCCGCGCUGAUCGUGUUUCGUCCCUGAUCAAUUAUAGAUGGGGACACGCGGCGGGGGGAGCGCGGGGCUCCGGCGGCUCCUCGGCACCAUGGGGGGUGUCCCAGCCCUGGGGGUCCCAGGUGGGCGAGGGGCACCGGGAGGCCGGGGCGGGGGGCUCAGGAUGGGUUUUGGGGGUGUCCAGAGCCGCCGGCCUCGCGCUGCCCCCGGCUCAGCCCGGGCUCAGAUUCCUUUUGUGCGGUGCAAGCGGUUCUGAAACUUUAAUGAAGCCACCGGAUCUGCGGGUCCCGCCCGCCCCGCUGCCCGCGCUCCGCCGCUCCGGCCCCGCUGAGCCCCUCGCCAUGGCCCAGGGCUUCUGGCGGCUCUACAAGGCCAAAGUGCUGCAGACCCUGGGGGGGCCGCGGCCGGACGGGGCCCUGCAGGACGAGGGAGACCCCCCCGAGCUGAUGGAGACGGCCGAGCCCCCCGCGCUGAUGGAGGAGGGAGCCAGCCCCGUGUCCCAGCUGGCCAGGAAGGUGCAGGGCGUGGGUGCCCGGGGCUGGCGGACGCUCUCAUCCCUGUUCACCCGCGAGGACGAGCACCAGCUGCUCAGCCCGGAGCCCUGCCCGGACCACCCUCUGGCCACUGAGCCCUCCGAGGUGCCCCACGCCGAGAAGGCACCCGGAUUUUGGGAUCUCUUUGCUACCAAGUGGCAGCAGGCGUCGGGGCCGGACAAGGGGGUGCCCCCCCCGGAGCCGGAUGAGAGCCCUGGGGAGCCGCCGGGUGACGACGGCAGCGACCUGCGGGAGCCAGAGGAAGGGGCCUUCCACUGGGGCUUCCUGGCUGGCAAACUGGCCGAAAUCCGGAAUAAAAACGCCCCCAAGGGCAACUAGAGGAGGAUGCACCAGCCGGACUCUCCAAUAGUUAUUUUCGGCCCCUCAUUGCUGGUGGGCAGCGCCCCGCCCGUGCUCUGGGCUCUGCCGUGGGUUUGGGUGUCACGUCUGCACUGCAGACCCCAAAAUGCCCCUUUUUCCCUGAGCUAUGCCCGGUGCUUUCCUUGCCCUCACCCCCCAACAGCCCCACGGCCCCUGAAGCUGCACAACCCAAAGGUGGA